AUGAAUUUAGAGAAGUGGGUGCAAGUACAUCCAGACUAUCCUCCCUAUCUGGGGUAUUUAAGCAUUUGUAAAAAGCAAGAGACACCUUUAAAAGUAGCAGAGAAUAGUAGAGAUGAAAAUAUCAUUAAAUCAGUGAUAACAAACAAACAAUUAUUCAAAACCAUCAUUGCCGUUGGUAGAACUAUUGUCAUCAAAUGUUACAACCACCACUACAGCUUUCCUCCUGUAGGAUGGAUCAUUAAAAAUCUAAAUCUAUUCGAGUGCCACAACUACAUCUCUCUGACUAGUGCUGAGUGGAUAGUUAGAAAUCAGUACUAUGGUCUACUUGAAUACAAACUAAAGAGAAAUGACCAUUUACACUUUUCACUCGCUUCAAUCCAAAUGAUGUGUAAUCAUUUGGGUGGUGACAUGAAACUCUUUAAUCUCAUCUAUGAGAAAAAGAGAUCAAUGUUCUUUUCAGACACUCUUUUAGAGUGUGCUGCAACUUCUGGGAAUACUCAAGUAUUCAAGAUAUUGCUUGACCAGACAUACCCAAAAAGAUUGAAUCUUUUCAAUCAACCGAGUGAAUUUAGCCGUUGGAUUGGUACUCUCUAUUAUCUGAAUCUUGAAGAAGUAGACGGUUCAGGAGUAAUAGAGACUAUUGAAUGGAUACUCUGUCAAGAUCCUCUCAACAAGGAGAUGAUGGAUAGUGCUCAUGCUCUCAGUAGAUCUCUUACAAGUCUAAACAAACAAGAGAAAAGGUAUAUUAUUUUUGCCUAUUACUUUAACCAAUUCUCAAAGCAUUGGGAGAUUGUUAAAAAUUAUCAUUCUCCAUUGGUUGACAUGUACACCAAAUACUAUUCCCCUAUUGUUCAAGAGAGCAUGUCUCUAGAGGAUGACAUGGAAUUUAUCAAGUCCUUGGGAGAAGAGACUUUGAUAUUUAUAUCAUUUCUGAUAAAGUUGGCCCAUUUGACGGUGAAAAGUCUCCAUUUUAGAGAUCUGUCUUUUCUACGUUGCAUCUGGGCUUCUUUACUUGAAGAUGAAUUUGAACUUUCCAAGUACGUUUCCCGUUAUAUGAAGCCCUCAAAAUCGCUAGAAAUAUUAAUGUUUUUCCAACAAAAAAGUCAAGAGUUGGGUCAUCCCCUAUACCUUGAAUUUUUUCGAGCCAUCAGAAAAAAAGACCAUGAAAUGAUAGAGUACCUCUUUCAAAUCGAUGGACAUCAAAAGAUAAUUCAGGAACUCGAUAAUAAUGGAGAAUUGUUCUUGACCUACACCUCUUAUUUCAACCAAAAAGUGGCAAAGAUUCUAUUGGACAAUCCAGCGACCCCAACCAUACCAAACGACCAGGGGUGGAGAACAACAUUGGCAGUCUUGAUGCAAUUGUUUUCUACAAUACCUAUAUAA